AUGGUCAAGUUCGCACCUGUUGUUGCUCUGCUGUCAGUUGCGCUAUCGGUCGCUGCUGGUGAUACGUGCAGCAAUGCCAAUGGCGACAGCUGCGGAGACGCUGCCGCUGCGUUCUGCUGUCAGGACAACCUCUACUGUAUGCCCUGGAGCCUGAAGUACUACCAGUGUCUCCCACUGCCGGGACAGUGCACGCGGCAGUUUACCAACUACGACUUUAGCGGCGGCGACAUCAAAACGCUGUACGGACUCCAACCGGGCGACUGCUGUGCCGCGUGCGUGGCAACGGCUGGUUGUCUCGCCUAUACUUUCGAGAACAGCCAUCCCGGCACGACGGCCUGCUACCUGAAGGCGGGUAUGGGAAGUCCACAAGUAGUCCCUGGACUCGUUUCCGCCGUCCUCAACAGCUACACGAGCGACCAGGACAAGACCCCGAAGACGCGCCGGUUUCUGGCUGAGGCGAAGAAGACCAGCAAUGUGCCAACAAUCUGA